AUGGGUAUUUUUCGUUUUGGAAAUGCUGAUUAUUCGAUGUACUUUUUUGUUGCAUCAAUCCUCAUGUUUCUCAGUACUCUAUGUUGUAUAACAGCAUUUGCAUCACCCUAUUGGACAAAACGUUAUCUUGAUACACCAAAAGAUUUUCAAAACAUUGGAUUAUGGGAAUUAUGUUUAUAUAAAUAUCGUCAUUAUAAAGAUGAUUUACAAAUUCCUUAUUCUGGUUGUUUUUGGUUUUGGACUAAUGAAAUGUAUCGUUUUCGUGAUUGGAUUAUUCCACCCUGGUUUAAAUGGGUACAGGCAUUUGCUACAUUAGCAUUCAUUUUUACAAUAAUGACAAUUUCAAGUUUAGCUGUAGCAGUUUUUUCAUCAUUUCGUUGGCAAUGGAAAUAUCAAUUAGCUUGGUGUAUUAUGUCUUUUGUUAUAUUUGCUUUUGAACUCAUUGCUAUUACUAUCUAUGGUAUCUAUAGUCAAGAUCGUCUUUGGAUGCCAAGACCAGAAUUUAAUUAUUUAUCGUAUAGUUAUUGGAUUGAAUUUGCUGCACUUGUUUUAGCUUUGGGUGCUUGUGGAUUAUUUGCUGGUGAAGUUCAAUUUCUUCGAGCACCCUAUGAAGGUGAUGUUGAGGAUAAACAAUAUAAUGAUGAAUACGGAUAUGCACCAUCUAAUGGAUCCCAUAUGCAAUUAACUUAUGGACGUAAUCGUAAGCCGCAAUCUGAUCUAUAG